UUUAUCUUUUGUUGCUAGGUGUUGGUUUGUGUGGAAAGAUGGAGUUAUUUACUAUAAAUCGUUACAAUGGCGAAAAAACUGACGAAGCUACAAAAAACGAGGAUGCAAUUCUGCAGAAGAUUCUCCAAAAAGUAGAAAAACGAAAAAGGAAAAAGAGCACAGUCGAGCUGCUGGAUGUGGAGUCUAAACAAAAUGAAACGAAAGUUCAACCAACUAGUGCUGAUGUCAACGAAGCUAAGAACGCAAGCGCCGAUGAAACGGUCUCAUUUGUGGCUGAUGUUGAUCCCAUUGUCGGUGUUGUGCCUGAUGUUGAAGCAACUCAUUUCCAAGUCCUCGGCGAGGAUGUAGACACCAGCAAACCAAAAAAAGUUAAUAUGGUGCUGCCUGCUUGGCUGGCGCACCCCACUGUCAUCUCAACAGCCAUAGCACCGAAAAGUGGACCUGCGGCUGACGAAUCGGUUAUUACCAAAUUAACCUACUUGGCACCGCAUAUACGCCACGCACUCAAAGAAAUGCACAUGACACGACUAUUUCCUGUGCAAACAGCAGUCGUACCUUGGUUGCUGGAAGCACACGCCAAACCGCCACCAUUUCGGCCGCGUGACAUAUGCGUUUCAGCGCCCACAGGUAGUGGCAAGACUUUAGCAUUUGCGAUACCGGUCGUGCAGUUAUUAGCUGAUCGUGUCGAACGCAAAAUAAGAGCUUUGAUUGUACUCCCUGUCGCCGAGUUAGCGUUACAGGUUUUCAAAGUAUUCAAGAAAUUGUGUGAAAAAACGGAUUUAACUGUUUGUUUACUAUCCAAAAAGUUUCCAUUUGCACAGGAGCAAGAAAAACUUGUGGAAUGUUAUAAGGGGAAAUAUUACUCCAAAGUAGAUAUUUUAGUGACGACGCCAGGCCGCUUGGUUGAUCAUCUACAUGCAACUAGAGGUUUUUGCUUAAAAUCUUUACGUUUUCUUGUUAUUGACGAAGCUGAUCGUAUAAUGGACGCUGUUUUUCAAAAUUGGCUAUAUCAUUUGGAUGAACAUGUGCGUGCCACUUCGGAUCAGUUACUGUCCGGACGCGCCGCGCCUCUCUGUUAUCGCGAGUUAGAAAUAAGUUGCGCCACACAACCGCAUAAGUUGUUAUUUUCGGCUACGCUUUCGCAAGAUCCGGAAAAAUUACAGAACUUAAGAUUGUUCCAACCAAAAUUAUUCACAUCGGUGCUUGCUAACUUGGCAGAAUUGCAAGAGAAGUUCGCAGAUGCAAUAAACAAUGAACAGCAAGAUAAUCAACUGAAUAGUGGUGAAUUCAUAGGAAAAUAUACAACACCAGCUGAGCUGACGGAACGCUAUUGUAUCACAGAGAAUCGCAUAAAACCAUUGACGCUGUUUGCCUUAAUCAAUGAAAAUGAAUGGACAAAAUUCCUUUGUUUCACGAACAGUGCUGACGCCUCGAGCAGAUUAGCUUUCGUUUUAAAUACGUUAUUUAAUGAAAAACUGAUCAUACGUGACUUGAGCGCUUCCAUAAGCCCGAAGGAAAGAACUAAUGUUUUAAGUCAAUUCGCACGUGGACGCGUGCAUGGGCUUGUAUGCUCUGAUGCCCUAGCUCGUGGUAUUGAUUUAGCCAAUGUAGAUGUAGUCAUUUCCUAUGAUUUACCGCGACACAUCAAAACCUAUAUACAUCGUAUUGGUCGUACAGCGCGUGCGGGUAGUCUGGGUACAGCGAUAACAAUACUAAACCAAAAGGAGCUGCUACAAUUCAAUCACAUUCUCGGCGAGGUGGGUAAAGUGUUAACAAAUGAAAUUACCGUUACCAGCGAUCAUGAGACGGAAUAUGCCAAGGCCUACACUUUAGCGCUGCAGGCACUGCGUAAGAAGCUUGAACAAGACAAACGCUCAGAAAUAUUGCGAAAAGAGCGCGCCAAGGAUAAAGCAAAAUUGGCAACUAAAGAUCCAUCAAAAAUGUCGGUUAUGGAAAAAUUGCAGUUGCAGGCUACGAUGCAGGUUAGGGAUAUUGAAGGCGAUAAUCAAGAACCCAAAAAGCACCAGAAAAACAAUCAAAAAGAUAAAUUGAUUAAGCGUAAGAAGUUUAAUGCGAGCGCUGGAAAACAUAAAGAAAUACAAAAAUAAAGUGGCUUACAAACAAUUUACAUAUUAA